GAAUUAUGAUAAAUCUCGAUUGUUUCAACUAUUCGAUUCAUCAGCAUAUAGUUAUAGCGUCAUAUAUGGUGUUAUAUGUAACCUUCCACAUGAAGUUCGAUUUAAAAAGGAAAAUAUAUUGAUACUUGGACUACUACCAGGUUCUAAAGAG